GCCACUCCCAACUUCCCAACCCACAGAAAAUGAGAGAUAACAAAUGUUGGUUGUCUUAAGCCACUACAUCUCGAGGCACCCCUGGGACUCCCUGGCAAACCUCCCACUGAAGGAUGUGUCACUUUGGAGCCUCUGUGGAGCCUUCUUUCAGAAGGUGGAGCCCAGCCCCGACCGUCUGGCAAGGUGCAACGCGGACAAGGCGCGUGGAGUUGGAGGGCAUCCGUGGUUGUUUUUGUUAAGGAAGCCUGUGCUUUUUCUCUGGCGGGAACCUUGGCGCCCGUGCCCCUCAGCCCAGCCCCGCCCCGCAGAGAUGCCUCCCCAGCUCUCAGAUGGCCUCAGCUACUCAGCCAAAGUCGUCCAGGGCACCCUGGACAGCCUGCCCCAGGCCGUGAGAGAGUUCGUGGAGAGCAACGCCAAGCUGUGCCGGCCCGACCAGAUCCACAUCUGUGACGGCUCCGAGGAUGAGAACCGACAGCUGCUGGGCCACAUGGAGGAGGCGGGUGUGAUCAAGAGGCUGAGGAAGUACGACAACUGCUGGUUGGCUCUCACUGACCCCAGGGAUGUGGCCAGAAUUGAAAGCAAGACGGUCAUCAUUACUCAAGAGCAAAGAGAUACGGUGCCCAUCCCCAAAACCGGCCUCAGCCAACUGGGUCGCUGGAUGUCCGAGGAGGAUUUUGAGAAAGCGUUCAAUGCCCGAUUUCCAGGGUGCAUGAAAGGUCGCACCAUGUACGUCGUCCCGUUCAGCAUGGGGCCCCUGGGCUCGCCUCUGUCCAGGAUCGGCGUUGAGCUGACAGACUCGCCCUACGUGGUGGCCAGCAUGCGUAUCAUGACGCGGAUGGGCGCGCCUGUCCUGGAAGCGCUGGGGGACGGGGAGUUCGUCAAGUGCCUCCAUUCCGUGGGGUGCCCUUUGCCUUUAAAAAAGCCUUUGGUUAACAACUGGGCCUGCAACCCGGAGAUACCACUCAUCGCCCACCUGCCCGACCGCAGAGAAAUCAUCUCCUUCGGGAGCGGGUACGGCGGGAACUCGCUCCUUGGGAAGAAGUGCUUUGCUCUCAGGAUGGCCAGCCGGCUGGCCAAGGAGGAGGGGUGGCUGGCAGAGCACAUGCUGAUUCUGGGCAUAACCAACCCCAAGGGCCAGAAGAAGUACUUCGCGGCUGCCUUUCCCAGCGCCUGCGGCAAGACCAACCUGGCCAUGAUGAGCCCCACCCUCCCAGGGUGGAAAGUAGAGUGCGUGGGGGACGACAUCGCCUGGAUGAAACUUGACCAACAAGGUAACUUGCGGGCCAUCAACCCAGAGAACGGGUUUUUUGGUGUCGCUCCUGGAACCUCUAUGAAGACAAACCCCAAUGCCAUCAAGACCAUCCAGAAGAAUACCAUCUUCACCAACGUGGCCGAGACCAGCGAUGGGGGCGUUUACUGGGAAGGCAUUGACCAGCCACUGGCCUCGGGCAUCAAGCUCAUUUCCUGGAAGGGCAAGGAGUGGGACCCCAAGGAUGGGGAGCCUUGCGCGCACCCCAACUCGCGGUUCUGCACCCCUGCCAGCCAGUGCCCCAUCAUCGACCCUGACUGGGAGUCUCCGGACGGCGUGCCCAUCGAGGCCAUCAUCUUCGGGGGGCGCCGACCUGUGGGCAUCCCUCUGGUCUAUGAGGCUCUCAGCUGGCAGCAUGGUGUGUUUGUGGGUGCGGCCAUGAGAUCGGAGGGCACGGCAGCGGCGGAACACAAGGGCAAAGGCAUCAUGCACGACCCCUUUGCCAUGCGGCCCUUCUUCGGCUACAACUUCGGCCAGUACCUGGCGCACUGGCUUAGCAUGGCCCGGCGCCCCGAGGCCAAGCUGCCCAAGAUCUUCCACGUCAACUGGUUCCGGAAGGACAAGGCCGGCAGGUUCCUCUGGCCGGGCUUCGGCGAGAACUCCAGGGUGCUGGAGUGGAUGUUCGCCCGUGUUGGCGGGGAAGGGGGCGCCAAGCUCACGCCCAUCGGCUACAUCCCCGACGAGGGCGCCCUGGACCUUCGGGGCCUGGGGGACGUCAGCAUGAAGGAGCUCUUCCACAUCUCCAAGGAGUUCUGGGAGGAGGAGGUGGAAGACAUCCAGAAGUACCUGGAGGAGCAGGUGAACGCCGACCUCCCCCGUGAGAUAGAGAGCGAGGUCCUGGCCCUGAAGCAAAGAAUCAGCCGGAUGUAAUCACACCCAGACCUCACCUGGUCCUGCGCCUCCAGUCCAUACAGUGCAAGCGAGAGAGAGAGAGAGAGAGAGAGAGAGAGAGAGAGAGAGAGAGAGAGAGAGAGAGAGAAGGAGGGACGGGGCUUCCUAAGUUCUCACUGCCUGCAGCACCGCAAUGACCGCACCCAGGGGCCAAUCGAAAGACACCCCUUAAUUUUUCUGAUAAGACCACAGCAGAGUAAAGCUAGUCACUAAUGAGGCUGUGGAGGGAAAUCUCAGCAGGCUCCAAAGUUCACUACGCAACGCACCUUUGUUCAACUUAGGGACACUCAGGCUCAGAGUCUGUUUUGUUCUUUCUCUUUAGCUGUAUCAGUUAGCCGGAAUGCACAGAAGAAGAUACAUGAGCCAUAUAUAUGUGUAUGUGUGUGUGUGUGUGUCUGUGUACUGUUGUCUAAAGCACAUUUAAUAACUCUGGAAAAAUCUUGGGCAAGAUCACCUACUAGUUGUUGCUAGAAAGCGAUGUUGCUUUGUUAUUAAUAUGUGUGUUUAAAUUAUUUUUAUAUACCAUGGUUCCUUACCUCUACAUAAUUUCAACGUUUUCC